CACGUCCGAGGAUAUCUGUGAACGCGCACACCAUUUGUCUUUCUUGUGGUGCGCGCUCUCGCAACCUUGAAGGGACUGGGCGGCGCGCAUUCCCUGGGACCGAGAGAGUGCGCGUGCUAACAACAGAGACCCAUUCGUUCACCAAAGGGUAUAAUCCGGGUAUUUGUGUUUGAAACCGAACCGAGACGGGAAGUCUAGCGCACCAGCAGGGAAAUUGUACAGAUGAGGUGUUUUUUUACAUGUAAUUCUACGCAUUUUUUUCAAUAUAGAAAAAGGUUCAUUUAGAAAAAGAUACAAACAGGCCGCGGUAGGACGGAUGAGGUUCCUUUUAAUUCUGGAGAAACCGAGGGAGGAAGAGUGUCGGUGUAAAUAAUUAAAUAUCCGUCUACUGCAAGGAGAAAAAAAUGCAUCUUCACCAGGUGCUGACCGGAGCUGUCAAUCCGGGAGACAGCUGUUAUUCUGUCGGUAGCGUCAAUGACAUUCCUUUCACGGCAUAUGGCUCAGGAUGUGAUAUUGUCAUUUUGGCAAGUGACUUUGAGUGUGUUCAGAUCAUUCCCGGUGCUAAACAUGGAAACAUUCAAGUGAGCUGCGUGGAGUGUUCACAUCAGCUGGGAAGGAUUGCAGCCUCCUAUGGGAAUACAGUGUGCAUUUUUGAACCAGUUGCUACAAAUCCCCACAAAAGAAACAAUCAGCUAAAUUAUCAAUGGCAAAAGACAGGACAAUUUUUCCUCAAUUCUAUGACCUACAAUUUGGCAUGGGACCCACAAGGUAACCGGAUAUUAACAGCAACAGACCAACUGCAGCUAUGGGCGCCGCCAUCUGGUGAUAUUCUUUUGGAGGAGGAUGAUAGUCAAGCUGCAGAUGAUAGAUUACCACCAGUCUUAAAUGACUGGAAAUAUGUCUGGCAGUGCAAGACUGCAGUAUCUGUUCAUAUUAUGAAGUGGUCCUCUGAUGGUGAAUACUUUGCAACAGCGGGGAAGGAUGACUGUCUAUUGAAGGUGUGGUAUCCAACCACAGGCUGGAAGUCUGCUGUUGUAAUCCCGGAUCUCCCUGACAGAAAAUCAGACGCUGUCCAUUUCUCCUUUGUGUACCUGGCACAUCCUCGGACUGUGACAGGCUUUUCAUGGCGAAAGACCAGCAAAUACAUGCCUAGAGGGUCUGUGUGCAAUGUGCUGCUUACUUCGUGUCAGGAUGGGGUCUGUCGGCUCUGGUCCGAAACCUUGUUACCGGAGGACAGUCUUCUUGGUGGCCAAAUCACUGAAAGCAGCACUAGCUCCAGCAGCAGCCUUCCUCAUCUCGGAAAUCAGAAGGAUAAGAUACAGCAUGCUCUGGAGACAAUUCACCACUUUAAACAUCUGAGAAGAGGUCGGAGGAGAUCUUCAGCUCUGGUCGCCCACACAGACCUGUUGCCAAGCCAGCUUGGUUCACAUGAUGUGCACAGGCAGAUUUCUCACCAUGCUAAUGCACUCUGCCAUUUUCACAUUGCAGCAAGUAUCAGCCCUAGCACAGCUAUUCCACCUGCUUUGGCUGGGACAGCUUUCACAUCUGAUGAAGGAAAUGGAGGCUUUGUUGUUCAUUGGCUUAACAAUAAGGAUCUCAGCUUUACAUCUGCCAUGGAUUUGUUUAUGCAGCAACUAAGAAAGAUCUCUGAGCAGCAGGUGGAACAAGGAUGUGAAGACCUUGAUCAAGACAUUUUACAGAAGUUUGAUCCUGAACUGGAAGAUGUUUCGGAUAACGGGUCAUCCGAGCAUGAAGAAGAACAAGAAGGAAGUCCCAAGGCAUCGUCCCCUGGCUCCAGUGCUAGUGUGCCACUCCCCACAGUGCUGCUUGAUCGGAAAAUGGAGGCACUUGUUAAUGAGUGGAACAGGAACCCGGAUAUGCUUUUUACAAUUCAUCCUGUAGACGGCUCAUUUUUAGUGUGGCAUGUAAAAUAUUUAGAUGAAUACAUCCCAGGAAUCUUCAGACAGGUCCAGGUUGCAUUUUCUUCUCGCAUUCCAGUAGCUUUUCCCACUGGAGAUGCUAACUCGCUCAGUAAAAACAUCAUGGUGUAUGCUUGUACAUUUACUGAAAAAGAUUCAAGUGAUUCUGGGCAACAGAAGAAGAAAAUUAAAAGCAUUCCUCAUAGUGCAUCAGAAACAGAUGUACUUGGCUCUGGAACUGGCCAUUCAGUGGUGCCUGUCAUUAGUCCUGCAGUAAUGAUGGUGUCAAAACACAUAGAUGGAUCCCUGAACCAGUGGGCUGUUACUUUUGCAGACAAGUCUACCUUCUCAUCAGUAUUGACUGUCUCUCACAAAUUUAGAUAUUGUGGACAUCGCUUCCAUCUUAAUGACUUGGCCUGUCAUACUGUACUUCCAUUGUUGCUGACUUCUUCACAUCAUAAUGCUUUGUUAACUCCUGAGUCAGAGAACGAAUGGGACUCUGAAAAAGUGAAGCAAAAACUACAGCCCUUGAAACCUCAGAAGGGUUUCUCGAGAAAGCAGCUGAAAAAUGCAGCAACUCGAACAUUUCAUGACCCCAAUGCAAUCUACAGUGAGCUGAUUCUCUGGCGUGUGGAUCACAUAGGACCCUUAUCAUGCACAGGAGGGGUGUCUGAGUUGGCACGAAUUAACUCUCUACAUACUUCAGCCUUUUCUAAUGUCGCUUGGCUUCCAACACUGAUACCAAGCCACUGUCUUGGAACUUACUGCAAUUCUGCAAGUGCUUGCUUUGUGGCUUCCGAUGGCAAGAACCUUCGGCUGUACCAAGCUGUGGUUGAUGCUCGAAAACUUUUAGAUGAACUUUCGGAUCCAGAGAUAUCUAAACUUGUUGGUGAGGCCUUUAAUAUUGUCAGCCAGCAGUCUACAGCUCGUCCCGGUUGUAUUAUUGAACUUGAUGUCAUUACAAACCAGUGUGGCUCAACCACGCAACUUCUUCAUGUCUUUCAAGAGGAUUUCAUCUUGGGUUAUAAACCACAAGAUGAGACUGAAGCUUAUGAGGAUCUGGAAUCUUCCAGUUUUCAGACAGAACAAGGGUACCGCCCUCCACUAUUUUCAGAAACGUUUUUUCUUGUGGUAAUUGCAAAGGACAGCAAUAGACGUUCUGUUCUUCAAAUGUGGCAUCUCCAUUUAAAAUCUGUGCAGGCUUGUUCCAGUAAUACGACACCUGAGCAGACAUUUGAGAACAAGCUCACUGUUCCACAGCAAAACAAUGCAGAGUCUUCUCCAGAUUCCUCCCCCGGCCAAAGCCCUCUUCCACGCUCUUCUUCAACAGCUAAUCUCCAGUCUGCCAGCAAGCUCAUCCUGAGUUCCAAAUUAGUAUACAGCCAACCGCUGGAUCUUCCCAAUGACGUCGAAGUUAUCCGUGCAACACCUUCAGCAGGGCAUCUUAGCUCCUCGUCAAUUUACCCAAUCUGUCUCGCUCCCUAUUUAAUAGUGACAACCUGCUCCGACAGUAAGAUCAGGUUCUGGCACUGCAUUGUGGAAAUUGAUCCAAGUUAUGAAGAUCCUGAAGAAGGGCGCACUUACCGAUGGGAACCAUGGUCUUUAAUGAAUGAAGAAGAUGACAGCAACAGUGCUGUGUGUGUUCCUGGGAGGCCAGUGGCUGUCAGCUGUUCUUAUACUGGUCGCCUUGCAGUUGCUUUUAAACAGCUAAAGCAAAGCAAUGGUUGUAUAUCGAAAGAGUUCUCAAUGCACGUGUCUAUAUUUGAAUGCGAGUCAACGGGAGGAUCUGAGUGGGUGUUAGAGCAGACUAUUCACUUAGAUGAUUUAGCAAAUGUGGGAAAUGCCCUGGACCCCAGGGUCAGUGUUGACAGUAACUUGUGUGUAUAUAGCAAGUCAGAUUUGUACCUUAACAAAGACCAUCACCUGACUCCAAAUAUAAAACAUUUUGUUCACCUUGAUUGGUUAUCCAAAGAAGACGGCUCACACAUACUGACUGUGGGGGUCGGAUCCAGCAUAUUGAUGUAUGGCAGAAUUUCUGGCAUUGUAAAUGAACAAACCAGCAGCAAGGAUGGUGUUGCUGUCAUUACUCUACCACUAGGUGGAAGCAUUAAGCAAGGAAUAAAAUCCAAGUGGAUCCUUCUGAGAUCAGUGGACUUGGUAUCCUCAGUGGAUGGCACACCUUCCUUACCAGUGUCACUGUCUUGGGUAAGGGAUGGAAUACUAGUAAUAGGAAUGGACUGCGAAAUGCAUGUCUAUGCUCAGUGGAAACAAGACAAGAAACGCUCUGGUGAAACUGAGAGUGACAGUCCAUCGUCUUCUGAAAACAUAGCAGGCCAAGUCGACUCAAGAGGAUUUGACACAAAAGCCUGUGCAAUGAAGCACAGUGUUUUUGAUGGACCUGCUACUGCAGGUGAUGCUUUCGCAGCUCCUACUGUUCUUCAAGAUGGGGGUCUGUUUGAAGCUGCACAUUCUCUUUCACCUACUCUUCCCCAGUACCAUCCCACUCAACUCUUGGAGCUCAUGGACUUAGGGAAAGUUCGCAGAGCAAAAGCCAUUCUUUCUCAUUUGGUGAAAUGCAUUGCUGGCGAGGUGGCGAUUGUGAGAGAUACAGAGGCAGGAGAAGGAGGAGCCAGGCGACACCUUUCUCGGACCAUCAGUGUAAGUGGCAGUACAGCAAAGGACACAAUCAUAGCUGGAAGAGAUGGUGUCCGUGACUACACUGAAAUUGACUCAAUUCCGCCAUUGCCAUUAUAUGCCUUGCUGUCUGCUGACUUGGACACAUCCUAUAAAAUUGCAGACGAAAGUGGGAAAGUGCGCAAAGGCUCCGAGAGUCAACGAAAGCUAUCGGGAGAUCAAUACGAAGACCUGUUUCAGGUUCAAGCUGUAACCACUGAUGACUUUGUUAGCUUUGCUACUGAAAAAAGAGAAAGUAAAUCCAGAGUUAUUAAUUUGUCACAAUAUGGCCUGACAUACUUUGGCCCAGAGCAUGCUCGAGUUUUAUCAAGCCAUCUGAUGCAUUCUAGUUUACCAGGGCUAACUCGCCUUGAGCAGAUGUUUCUGGUCGCAUUGGCUGACACUGUGGCUACAACAAGCACUGAAGUUGGCGGAAGCAGAGAAAAAAGUUGUACAGGAGGGGAAACGAUUGAUGAAUGUGGUCUCCGGUAUUUGCUAGCCAUGCGCUUGCAUACAUGUUUGCUGACAUCACUACCCCCUUUAUACCGCUUGCAGCUGUUACACCAAGGUGUUUCUACCUGUCAUUUUGCUUGGGCUUUUCACUCUGAGGCAGAAGAUGAAAUGCUGAAUAUGAUCCCAGCAAUGCAAAGAGGAGAUCCACAGUGGCCUGAGUUGCGAGCCAUGGGAGUUGGCUGGUGGGUUCGAAAUAUAAAUACACUACGAAGGACCAUUGAGAAGGUUGCGAAAACUGCAUUUCAAAGGAAAAAUGAUCCAUUAGAUGCUGCCUUGUUUUAUCUCGCUAUAAAGAAGAAAGCGGUUCUUUGGGGGCUGUUUAGGUCUCAGCAUGACGAUAAGAUGACACAGUUUUUCAGCCACAACUUCAAUGAAGAUAGAUGGCGCAAAGCAGCUUUAAAAAAUGCCUUUUCUUUACUGGGAAAACAGCGCUUUGAGCAGGCUGCAGCCUUCUUUUUACUGGCUGGCUCUUUGAAAGAUGCUAUUGAGGUUUGUCUUGAGAAAAUGGAAGACAUACAGCUAGCCAUGGUUGUUUCACGUCUGUACGAGUCGGAUUAUGAAACAUCCCCCUCCUACAAGGGUAUCCUCAAUGAGAGGGUACUAGGUUGUUUAAAAGAUGGUACUGGCUUCAUCUGCAGUAAACUACACCCUGAUCCUUUCCUGCGCAGUAUGUCAUUCUGGAUAAUGAAAGACUACACAAGGGCACUGGAUACAUUAUUAGAACAGAUUCCAAAGGAAGAUGAUGAAAAUCCAGAUGUGAUUGUGAAAUCUUGCAACCCAGUUGUCUUCAGUUUCUACAAUUAUUUACGAACCCAUCCUCUACUGAUCCGAAGACACUUUGCAUCACCAGAAGGGUCAUUGGCCACCGUAGGACUUACAGCUGAGAAAAGCAAUGCCGAUGAAAUCAAUCUUAUUGAGAGAAAACUAUUCUUUACAACUGCAAAUGCUCACUUUAAGGUUGGUUGCCCUGUACUGGCCCUUGAGGUCCUUUCUAAAAUACCAAAAGUCUUUAAAAAGACAGGAUCCUCCCUAAGCAAAGACACAAAUGUUAUUGCAUCACAGCCACUAGAAAAUGGUGGAGGAGCUAGUGACUUGGAUUGGUCACAGACUGGGGCAGCAUCCUCUACUCUAGACUGGGGAAGCAGUGGUGAAGCUGCUACUGCUGUUGACUGGAGCCAACCUCUCAUUAAAUUGGAAGACGAUGGAUUGCAGCUCGAUUGGGAAAAUGACAAAGAUGAUGAUGAGGAGGAUGAGGAUGAUGUUGGUUUAACCAUGAAGGAUUCCAAAUCGGAUGAAAAGAUUACAAAACGGAAAGACGAGUCAAGCCCAGGGUCAGAAAAACCUCCAGGUCUAAAAAGGGGUGAUUCUGCCUUAGAAUCUGAGGUUGAUGUCAUUGCAGAACAGCUGAAAUUCAGAGCAUGUUUGAAAAUACUGAUGACUGAGCUAAGGACAUUGGCUACAGGUUAUGAGGUGGACGGAGGGAAGCUCAGGUUUCAACUUUACAACUGGUUAGAAAAGGAGAUCUGGGCACUGCAUCAAAUCUGUAACUAUAAAGUAGAAGGGAAGGAUUCCACAAAUGAACUGGACAAAUGGAAAGACAGUGAUUCAAUGGAGCUGGAAGGUGCUGACGACAAGUCUGAUGCUGGGUCGUACGAACGUCACCAAUUAGAGCGUCGGAGGUUACAAGCAAAGCAAGAACAUGCUGAAAGGCGCAAGGGGUGGCUGAGAAAGAAUCAGGCACUCCUCCGAGUGUUUCUGAGUUACUGUAGCUUACAUGGUGCACAGGGAGGUGGUGUUGCAUCAGUAAGAAUGGAACUCAUCUUUCUGUUGCAAGAGUCACAGCAGGAAACCACAGUGAAGCAGCUUCAGUCUCCUCUUCCAUUGCCAACAACACUGCCUUUACUUUCUGCAAGCAUAGCUGCAACCAAGACAGUCAUUGCCAACCCAGUUUUGCACCUGAGUAACCAUAUCCAUGACAUUAUGUAUACUAUGCUUCAGAUGGACUCUCCACCUCAUCCAAACAUUCACGAUGACAAGACUUACACAUUACACACUCAGGCAGCCUCACUUUCUGCUUGCAUCUAUCAAGCACUCUGUGAUAGUCACAGCUACAGCAGUCAGACAGAAACAAGUCAGUUCACAGGAAUGAUUUAUCAAGGCUUAUUAUUAAGUGAAAGACGGAGAUUACGGACGGAAAGCAUCGAGGAACAUGCAACACCAAGCUCUCUUCCUGCCCAGUGGCCAGGUGUCGCAUCACUCAUUAACCUUUUAAAGUCCGCUCAGGAUGAGGAUCGGCCCAAGCUGAAUGUAUUGUUAUGUGAAGCAGUUGUGGCUGUCUACCUCAGUCUGUUGAUCCAUGGCCUUGCCACCCAUUCAAGCAAUGAACUUUUUCGAUUAGCUGCCCAUCCUCUGAAUAAUAGAAUGUGGGCGGCAGUGUUUGGCGGAGGAGCAAAACUGAUAGUAAAGCCUAAAAGGUCACCAGAAAUUGCACCAGCUCCUCCUGCUCGCACAGAAGAAAUUGAUAAGCAUCGUCGUAGAUUCAAUAUGAGAAUGCUAGUGCCUGGCAGGCCAGUGAAAGAAACUGUGGUUCCUCCACCUGUACCUGCAGAGAGGCCAACCUACAAAGAGAAGUUUGUCCCCCCAGAACUCAGCAUGUGGGAUUACUUUGUAGCAAAACCAUUUCUUCCUCUAUCUGAUAGCGGUGCUUUGUAUGAUUCCGAUGAAAGUCUUCCAAGUGAUGAUGAGGAUGAUGACGAUGCCUUCCUUUCCGACACUCAAAUAAUGGAGCACUCGGAUCCUAAUUCAUACAGUUGGGCACUGUUGCGAUUAGUACUGGUCAAGUUGGCGCUACACAAUGUGAAGAAUUUCUUUCCUGUUGCAGGACUGGAGUUUUCAGAACUUCCUGUAACCUCACCUUUGGGCAAUGCUGUUAUAAAAACUUUGGAAAACUGGGAGCAGAUUCUUCUUGAAAAAAUUAACAAGUUUGACGGCCCUCCACCAAAUUACAUAAACACCUAUCCAAGUGACAUCAGUGCUGGAGGGGGACCAGCGAUAUUAAGACACAAAGCCAUGCUUGAGCCAGACAACACCCCUUUCAAGGCUAAGCAUUAUUUAGCUUUUCCUGUUAAACGGCUGUGGCAUUUCCUUGUGAAACAAGACGUUCUUCAAGACACAUUUAUUCGCUACAUUUUCACCAAAAAGAGGAAGCAGAGUGAGUCAUUAGAAGACCAUGUGGACCAACUCAAACAAAACUGCAUAGCAGAAGAUGGCAAAACCAGCAAGGUGGAGGCAGACCUUGGUUAUCCAGGUGGAAAAGCUAAAAUCAUUCACAAGGAAUCCGAUAUUAUAAUGGCCUUUGCAGUCAAUAAGGCCAGUAAUAAUGAAAUUGUGCUAGCUUCUACACAUGAUGUGCAGGAAAUUGAUGCCUCUGCUCUUUUAGCUGCGCAACCAUACACCUGGAUUGGAGAAGAGUUUGACAAAGAGUCCAGAAGCUCUGAUGAUCUUGAUCAUCGCUCCUCCCAUACAAACAUUGCCCAGGCAAGUGCACCUCCAUUUGCACCCAGUCAGAUGCCUGCGUCUGCAUCGAUGCCCUGGUUAGGCAGUGGGCAAACAAGCACAGGCGCUAAUGUGAUCAUGAAAAGAAACUUGAAUAAUGUGAAAAGAAUGACAUCACAUCCAGUUUACCAGUACUAUUUAACUGGAGCCCAGGAUGGAAGCGUACGGAUGUUUGAAUGGGGUCGUCCACAGCAACUUAUAUGUUUUCGCCAAGCUGGCAAUGCUAGGGUUACACGAUUGUACUUCAAUUCCCAAGGCAACAAGUGUGGGGUUGCGGACGGAGAAGGGUUUUUGAGCCUUUGGCAGGUUAACCAAACUGCAUCUAAUCCGAAACCUUAUUUGAGCUGGCAGUGUCACAGUAAAGCCACAAGUGACUUUGCCUUCCUCACCUCCUCCAGCCUCAUAGCCACAACCGGACAAUCCAGUGACAACAGAAAUGUGUGUUUAUGGGAUACUCUGGUUUCACCAAAUAAUAGUCUGGUACAUGCUUUCCCCUGUCACGACAGUGGGGCCACAGUACUUCAGUAUGCACCCAAGCAGCAGCUCAUCAUCUCUGGAGGCAGGAAAGGCUUCAUCUGCAUUUUUGACAUCAGACAGAGACAGCUGCUUCAUACCUUUCAAGCACAUGAUUCUGCUGUUAAAGCUCUCGCAAUGGACUCCACUGAGGACUACUUUAUUACUGGCUCCGCAGAAGGAAACAUGAAGGUGUGGAGAUUAACAGGCCAUGGCUUGAUUUAUUCAUUUACAAAUGAACAUGCCAAGCAGUCCAUAUUCAGAAACAUUGGUGCUGGGGUCGUGAAAAUUGAAACUGGGCCAGGAAAUCGCAUCUUUACAUGUGGAGCAGAUGGAACUCUGAAAAUGAGGGUUUUGCCUGACCGCUACAAUGUACCUGCUAGUAUAUUUGACAUCCUGUAAAUCUGAGAAUCAUAAAUUAGCAUACAAGGCUUACAAAUUCUUAGGCUGUUGAUUGUUAUAAAAAGUUAAGCUCACAGCAAGUAUUUGCAGAGUUUACAACAGAUAACUAAAAAGGCAUUUAUACUUGAAAAAAGCAACCUCUGUUCCAGAAUCCCUUAUGAACUGUAUUCAUAGGAGAGUUAUGCAUGUACUGUAUUUGUAAAAGCGGUGCAAUUACAGGUCAGUGGUAGUGCUGUAAAAGUACUUGAAGCAGAAGUGUGUAUCUGUUGUAUUUUGUGCUCACAGCUGAAACGCUCAGCUUCUGCUGUAAACACAGUUGUUCUAUAUUUAUGGUCAGUCAGUGAUUUCCGGUGUGAAUUGGUUUAUUGGGUCUGCAUUUUGUUUCUGCUGCUUGCAUCAUAGAUUAAAUGACACCAGGCUCUUUAUGCCUGCUGGUAGCAAUGAAGGUUAUGGUGAAAGGGGAGUUAUGCUGUGUUCCAGCAUACCGCCAUGAAAACUGUUUUGAAAUGCAUAUUAAAGUCUGUUUGGUUGGUUUCUUAGCACUCUGGACAAUUUAAAUUAUUAAAAGCAUAGGAAUGUUAAAGUACUCUGAGACCACAAUGUUUCAUUCCUGUUUUGCACGUAUAACUUUUUUUUUCUUUCUUUUUGCAGACUGCUGUCUUUUCUAAGUUUUUUUUUUAAUGAUUGCCUUUACAUUAGGAAUGUAAGGUGUAUUGCAUAGCAGACAGGGACACAGUACAACACUAGUGUUAGUGGGUUUUUUUAUGAUUUAUUCAUACAAUUUUAACAUUGCACUCAAAUUCUGGGACGCUUCAAAUAGGUCAAGAAUUUAAACAUACAAAACAGUAAAGAAAACAAGUGUUAAUUUACAAAUGAAUGUCUGGCUUUAUCUGGCCAAUUAAUAAAUAGUUUAUUGAAAUAGUUUUAAUAUAUAUAUAUAUAUAUAAAUUAUUACCACACCCGCUUGUACAAACAUUAAAGCUUUUCUCUUAUUAGUUGCCUGUAACAUAGCAGCUGAAAGUUGUAUUUUGGUUAAGUGUAUGGUAUUUAUUAAAACACAUUUGUGUUUCUAAUACAUUAUUGGGAACCAUGUCUAAGUAUUUAAAUGUUGUUAACCAACAGUCCUUUUCCUAUGUUCCGUCUUUAUGUCUGUGUUGUGUAUUUAUCUUUAGCAUUUAAUGCUCUGUUCAUGAAAAAUAUUCAAACUGCAGUGUGAAGCCUCUGUGUGAAAGAAUGGGUAGUUGUGCAAUUGUCAAGGUUUUACAUUUGUAAGUUAAAUAAAUUAUUUUAAUUUCAUGAAAA